CAUGCGACCCAUAACAUUCCUCGUGCAGCAUUACGUCAGAUAGAGGCAGCUUCUAAACAGUACGAACGACUCCGAGGACUUAAACAGGUUCCGGUGAGGAUCGCUGAGGGUAAAUAGAAGCCAGAAGUGGUGGUGCAGAUAAGCUGUCAUCACUGAAGGGAGAAGAUGAAGCUCAAUCCAUUAUCUGUGCUGUGUCUGUCACUGCUUUUGCUUAAUACUGAUUUAUCACUGGCCAAGAGAGGAGGAGGAGGCUUUGGGAAAGGCUUGGGCUCCAAAAAGACUUCCACAACCUACCGCGGUAGCAGCCAUAAUAAUAAAGGAAAAACUAAUCAAGGAUCCAGUUCUCAAGGUGGAUACCCAAGACAACCUGGACAAACUGGUCAAGGCAAUUACCCCAGGCAGCCGGGUGCAGGAGGUUACCCUCAGCAGCAUCCAGGUUCCCCAUAUGGUGGAGGUUAUGGUGGGCAAGGUGGCUAUGGUGGACAAGGUGGUUAUGGAGGUUAUGGUGGUUAUGGUGGUUAUGGAGGUUAUGGUGGGAGAGGUGGUUAUGGAGGUUAUGGUGGACAAGGUGGUUAUGGAGGUUAUGGAGGCAGUUACAUCAACAGGAACCCAAACAACCAAAUCCUGAGUCCUCAGUAUGGUGGCAGCUUUGGUUAUGGGGGUUACGGCGCUGGAUAUGGCUCUCCCUUCUCCCAACAUGUAAAGUCGAUGGGCUUUGGUCCCUCUGAUAAAUCCAGAGGGUUUGGACGCACUGCAGUAAUGGCGGCAGCUGGAGGGGCUGUGGCAGGAAUGGCUGUGGGCUACGGGAUAGGGAGGUUCCCCCGUCCUCACUUCCCCCUCCGCAACCCGCAGGAGGAAUAUUACUACAACCACUACAUGUACCGGAGGUAUGGCACCCGGUCUACUGAUACUAAUGACUACAGCAGAGACUAUAAAUACGAUCCACCCCCUCAGACCUAUGAUCAGCACAUGGACAACUGUAUGAAGAGAACAGACCUUCUGCGUGGAGAGAGUCAAAAGCCAAACAGCAAGCCAGCUGUUGCUACCAUGACUAAAACUACUACGACCGCUGUUACCACUUCAGCUUCAGAUACUAACAGCAACACAACAGAGACUAACAGCAGUGCUGCAGGAAACACCUUGAGCUCUGCACCUUCAACUCCUCACCCUCUAAAUCAGCCUGAAGUCGGUCCUGUGGCACCAGCUUCACCGGCUCUGAGCAGUGCUGAAGAUGAUGACACGGUCAGCAUUGUGGAGAUCGGCUACCCAGCGCUGAUUGAGCAGCUGAAGGCCAGGAAAUGCUUGGAGCUGUACAUGGUUGAGUCUGAAAGGUACUUGAAGAAACAGACUGGAGGGGUACAAGGACUGGAGAUGGGCUUGCGUGGGCUUUUAGCUGUGGUCACUAGUACUAUAUUGAUGCUGCUCAAUAGCAACAUGUUAACGCUGCUGUACUGAGGCCUUCAUACACUGGGGAAGUGAUAGAGAAUGUAUUAAAAGUAAGUGGAUGGUAAAUAAUUAGUAAUGGAUGAACCUCUCACCUCUUUAUCAUUUUUGAAGGCACUGAUUCAUCAUGAGUGUGUAUGAUUGGCAAGACACGGCUGGCAGACAUAAUGGGUUGCAAUGUAAUUACUGGAGGAAAGCAAAGAAAAGGGUCCAUUAACUGUACACUAAUACUCAAAGUUUUGAUACGGCUUUAAAAUCUGGCCCAUGAAAAUCUAUUUAGAAUUACAUGUUCUGUAGCCAUAGCUUUAGAAAUCAGAGUGGCACUGCCAGUGACUCAUCUUCUCGUGUGUAAUUUCCCGUCUGUUUCAGAAAAAAAUGUUGUUUUUUUUUUUUAUUUUUUUUAUUGUUUAUUUAUUUAUUGAAGGAGCUGGCGAGGUCUUUGUCUUUUUUUUUACCUUAGUGGAAAAAGCAUUUAAGAGGGUUGGCCUGCACCUGUGGGGCUGCCACGGGCUCUGCCAAAGAUGAUCUGUGUAAAUAAACUACUUUAAAAUAAUGCAGGUAUGCUUUAACUGUGAUAUGACUGUAUUAACUGCAAAGAGGGUACAAAGAGUCGGAAAACACCAAGUAGCCAUCUGAAAUGAUCAAUUAAUAUCUGGCUUUUACUUGUCUAGUAAUAACUUAGUCUACUAAUACCACUAUCAAUGGUUCAGGCUUUAGUCAGAGAUUUUACACUAUAAGCAUGACUGAGUAUUUGUAAUGGAAUCAUAUCUAGUCCCAUCUUGACAGCUUAAUACAUAUGUGGGCUUUUAUAGUAUGCGGUGCGUUGAAAAACUCAAACCAAAAAAGGCCAAUUAUUAUUAUUUGUUGGUGCUUAUUUUAUUUGGAUAAACUGUCAGACAAUAGCAUGUUGUUGUCCCAGCAAUCCUUAAAUCCUUUUCUUGCAGUUUUUUCUUUUUCUAAAACAUUCUGACAUUUGUUUGACAUUUUUGUAAGUGUUCCGUCUUUGCUUCGUAGAGUAGGUCGUUUAUUUUCAGAUAUGCUUUUUUAAAAUAAUAUACUCGCCUCCUUGUUUCCUUCUAUCCAGUGUUUUGCCUUUCUCUCCACUCUUGUGAUUUCAGAAGUGCUCUUAAAGUAUAACACCCCGUAUGUACCUGUUCUGAUCUCUAAACCCUACUGAAUGUUAUCUUGUAUUAUCAGCUGUGUUUAUGGUACACCGCAUACAUUUGUACAAGAAUGUUCUUUGUCAUAGAAGCUGAUGACUGAAAAAAAGCAAAUUAAAAGUACUCUUUGGAGUUUUUAUUACACACAAACAUGAUUAUCAUGUCCAAAUCAUUUGAUAUGGUCAUUUGAAAUGACACACCCAGAAAAACUCCACAGUGUACCUUUAAUAAGUCGCUGUAUGUAGUCUGUGUUAUUUUGUGUCUGGCUUUGAAUGUAUUUGAAAAUGCACAUAUGUCAAUAAUCCUCUAUCCUUGAAACUAUAUAUAAAUCCUAAAUAUGACCCAUAAGAGCGUUUUAUAAAAUUGGCCCCUGUAGUUAGAGCAGGAAAUUUAGAUCGUUUAAGCUUCUGCUGCUUGGGUUUUGUCACCAAGACAGGUUAGUUUUAGGGAAACAUCAAAAGGUCAUCAGUAUUAAAACAAAUAAAUAUGUGGUUAAUGUUGUGGAACGGUCAUAGUUAAAAGUAACAUUGAUGCUGAUUUAAAAUGGGAAAUGAUCAGUGAUCUCUUGUUCUAAAGUCCAAUGUUUUGUUAACCCACCCAUCCACCCUGACCACCUCCCUAUGCAAAAGAUCAGAAUUGCUGUGGCCACUAGAGGCACAAUCCCAGUGAAAUGUAACUAUGGGUCGUUAAAAGCUGUUUGCACAAAUGACCUACGCUGUUGUUUCCUAUGCUGGGACAUAUUACGUACUAACCUGCUGAAUGUUCUGCUGAAUACUGAGGGUUUACUUGCACUUUCUGCUUGUCAAAUAAACUUUACUAACUUGAA